AUGCGGAAGACGUCACGUAAAGAAAGGCGGCAAAUGAACGUCAAUACUUUACAAGGGCUGCAUGCAUGUUGUAUUAGAGCAAAAGAUAAAAUAGCUGAAUUGAACAACACAGCUGUAACAAAUAAAAAAUCUGCUGAUGGUACAACCUACAUACGAUGGGGUCGAACGGUAUGUCCCAAAACAGCAUUUCUAGUGUACGAUGGAUAUGCCGCUGGAUCUUACUAUUCCCAAAAAGGAAGCGGCAUUAACACAUUGUGUCUACCUAAGGAUCCAAAUUAUGACCAGUAUACGGAUGGACUUCAACCUUCCGGUAGGAUUUAUGGAGCAGAAUAUGAAACACACGCCCGCAAUACUUGGAGUCACCUUAAAGACCUUGAAGUUCCAUGUGCAGUUUGCCGAAUACCGAGCAACAACGUCCUCAUGGUGCCUGGUAAGAACGAAUGCCACGUGAAUUACUUGCUGGAAUAUAAAGGGUAUCUGAUGUCCGGAUAUUAUUCUCCCAAAGGACCUUCGGAAUAUGUGUGUGUUGAUGACCAGCCAGAAGGGAUUAAAAAGGCAGACGGGAAUCAAGAUCAUAAUGGAAAAUUGUUUUAUUUUGUUGAAGGAUCAUGCGGUGCACUAAAGUGUCCACCAUAUACAGGCGGCUGGGAGCUUACAUGUGCCAUUUGUUCCUUUUCGCCUAAAGUCUAA